GUCAGCCUAAAUAACCACGCAUCCUGUUCGGUCCCAAUUUAAGCACUGCCAUGCCGUUUUUGACAUCAAUAGUAUUGUAGAUAUGGCGGCAGUACUGCUUUUAGUUCUACCAGUUUUAGCGUCAUGUUCAAACGAUGGCAACAUACAUUUGUUGGAGGAAGAUAUAGCGAUAGCCUUGCGUAAUUGUUACUUGAACCACGAAGUGAAACAAACAAAGGAAGCAAAACGCCAGCGUAGAACAAGUGACGAUUAUGAAGACCCAUUACCACGCAUCGAUUCUCAAAUAAACCCAGAAAUUAAUCAAUACGAUCAUGAAAGACGUAACACAACAUAUAAAAUGCAUGUUCUAAAUAACUCAUCUGGAUACCCUGACUACGGAAUCAGAGAUGGCGAGGAAAAGCUUAUCAAUUUAAAACCUACUAGCCAUGGAAAUAAAAUGCAUAAUGCAAGCACUUAUAAUAGGUAUAUAAAUUCUACAAGAGUUAAAAGAAAUGAACCUCUAAUGAACAAGGAUGAUAAUGAUCAAUGCCUCAGCCAGUGUGUGUUCGCCAAUUUACAAGUGGUGGACUCGAGGGGUAUUCCCCGAGAGGCGGAACUUUGGAACAAGAUACAAACAGCGGUGACAUCGCAGCAGUCUCGGACCUUGCUAAAAGAUCAGAUACAUUCAUGCUUUCAAGAACUACAAUCUGAAUCUGAAGACAACGGUUGCUACUACUCAAGCAAACUGGAGAGUUGUCUAAUGCUACGAUUUUCAGAUAGAAUUAGAAACACAGAACCGCGUUCCUAAUAGGAACAAAAAAUAAUGAACCGAGCUCGUAUUAACUAAUAGAUAAGCAUCGUUUGCGUUUUUCUCGCUCUAUAAAAACGUUUAUUUUAUCUUUAGUUUGAUUUUAUGCAAAACAGAAUAAAGUCUGUAAUAUUGUAUACGCAGUUUCUUUUUAUUAUCCCUGAAAAUGUAGAGAUAUCCAUAAAAUAAUAUUUUAG